AUGCGUCACCACUUACCGACCAUUGAGCGUGUGCACUUUAGCCAAUACAAGAGUGCUAAGACCUUGUACGACGCUGUAGUUGCACGCUACUCUUCCCCUGCCACUGCUGCUCUUAGCCGCCUCAUGCUGCCGUACCUGAGUGUUUCCCUUCCCCCCUCUUGCCCUCUGUUGCUUCUGCUGCUGCGGCCGACCUCGUUGGUUUCGAGUCGGUCGGCGCUGCGUCUACCCCUAGCGGGAGACGCCGCACCGGCAAGAGAAAGGGGGGCAAGGGCGCUGGAGGGGCUGGCGGGGGCGGUGGAGGUGGUGGUGGAGGCAGUGGAGGGGGUGGGGGUGGUGGUGGGAGUGGUGGCGGGGGUAGAGGUGUCGGUGGCAGAAGUGGAGGCGGAGGAGGCGGCGGCGGUGGCGGAGGGAGCGGAGGCGGCGGAGGUGGCGGAGGCGGCGGAGGUGGCGGAGGCGGCGGAGGUGGCGGAGGCGGCGGCGGCAGCGGUGGAGCUAGUUGCGGCUCUGCGCAGAGGAGUGGGUCCGAUUGUUUGUGAUACUUCGUCGCCGUUGCUGCGUAGUGAUAUUUUCCUCGCGAUCACAGAGAACCCCAUUCCUGUCGCCAUUCCUCUCACCCCUCUCAUCGCCUACUAUGCUAUCCUCGAGUUCGCCAAAUCGCCCACCCGUCUCCCUUCCGUCGCGCGUCACGUUGCCAUCUCGUCGCCCGUCCCGUCGCCCUCUUCGUCGCCCUCUCUCCCCUCCUCUCCUCCCGUCGGCCUCUCUCUCACCCCUCCCUGCCGAUCGCCCUCCCGUCACUCGCCCCGUCGCGCUCUCUCUCUCCGCUCCCUUUCCGUCGCCUUCUCUCUCGCCCCUCCCUUCCCGUCGCGCUCUCUCUCUCCGCGCCCUUCCCGUCGCCCUCUCUCUCGCCCCUCCCUUCCCAUCGCUCUCUCUCUCUCUCUCUCCGCUCCGCCCUCUCUCUCGUUCCUCCUUCGAAUCGCGCUCUCUCUCUACUCCCUUCCCGUCGGCCUCUCUCUCCGCUCCCUUCCCGUCGCGCUCUCUCUCUCCGCUCCCUUCCCCUCGCCCUCUCUCUCGCCCCUCCCUGUCGCGCUCUCUCUCUCUGCUCCCUUCCCAUCGCCCUCUCUCUCGCCCCUCCCUUCCCGUCGCGAUCUCUCUCUCCGCUCCCUUCCCGUCGCCCUCUCUCUCGCCCCUCCUACCCUUCGCGCUCUCUCUCUCCGCGCCCUUCCCGUCGCCCUCUCUCUCGCCCCUCCCUUCCCAUCGCGUUCUCUCUCUCCGCUCCGCCCUCUCUCUUGCUCCUCCCUUCGAAUCGCGCUCUCUCUCCGCUCCCUUCCCGUCGCGCUCUCUCUCUCCGCUCCCUUCCCAUUUUCCUCUCUCUUUCUGCUCCCUUCCCAUCCUCCCUUCUCGCUCGCCUCGAAUAGCCCUCCCGGCGACCUUCGACUCUCCCAUCACGUAUGCCCUCCUUUCUCCGUCGCCUCUCUCGUUCUCCCUCUUCUAUCACGCCUCAAGUCCAAGGCAUCACAUUGA